AAUAAAUUCUUACCGUACUGAAAGAAAAGAAGAAAUAGAAAUAAAUGAGUUUUGAUUUUGAAUUUAUACCACGUUCUGCAAAUUAUCUGUUAAUACAAAGACAAAAAGGGAUUUUAUAUUCGUCCUAUUUGGGGGAGUACAGUAAAUUGUUUUAUUCAGAAGAAUAUAAAAUAGAGAUUUUAUAAUUAUGGCCGAUGCUGUAUCCAUUGACUGCAAAUCGAUCGGUGUGGAAUCCUCUGAAGGUAUCAGAAAUUACCCCGCGUCUGUGGCUAUCGUAAACGAGGACAAGAUAUGCGUUUAUAACGCUGUCAUUAACCCAAGAAACUUACAGAUUUCAGAUUACCGCACACGUUUUCAUGGUAUACAGGCUCAGGAUCUGUCAAGAGGCUUACACAUCAAAGUGGUUCGUCAAGCUGUGAGUCGGAUAUUAAAAAAUUGUCUCUUAGUAGGCUAUGAUGUUUCGAGAAGCUUGAGGCUAUUGGGUCUGGGGCACCCAGAAGAUAAUAUAAGAGAUGUUUCCACGUAUCAUCUUUAUACAAGGUACAAAAAGUACAAUCCAACGCUUAGACAGUUGACGAGAAGUUACUUGUCACGUGGCUUGGAGGCCCCACGUACUGCUGUGAAGGAUGCCACCGCUGCGAUGGAUUUGUAUUUAAAGGUUGCUGAGUUCUGGGAGGAAGAAUUAGUAAAUGAGACUGAUAGUUCAGAGUGUGACGAAGAUAGUUAUUAUACUGAUUGAGAACACAUAACUAACGUGACCAUUUAUAUUUUUACUCAAAACGGGACUUUGUUUUAUUUGGGUCUAUUGACAGGUAGGUACAUAAUGAAAAAAAAACACGUGUGGGACUCGGGGACUGCCGCGGUAAAGCUAUUGCAUAGUAUUUUUUGUCAACUUAUGCAAUUAUAAU